UUGUUCACACAACUACACAAUCAUUCUUGCCUAUCUUAAGCAUCGAAGCCAUUUGACAAGAAGAGUCACAUAUUUAAUUUCUAGAAUGUUUGUUAUGGAAUGUCUACGGGGGGAUUAUUUUAGUGUUUGAAGCUUAUUUCAAUGUCAAUUCAAGUCUGGGAUAGUAAAUCUACAAUGAGAAUUUAUAACAAGGCCUAAUCAUUACGACUACAAUUCUGUUGUCUUACUCACCCCAGCACGGCUGGUCAUUCUCAUCCAGCAUGAAGAUCCUUCUACAAAUCCUACUGCACUGCAGUAUCUAGCAUAAACGAAGUAUCUAUAGCAGGAUCAUGCCUCGGAAAUGCAUCAUGUGUGGGGCGCCUCAGAGUUUCCACUUACCUGUAUUUCCAUUUCCAAAAUCCCACCAUGAGAGAGCAGCAUGGAUUGCUGUCGUCCAGCAAGUGAUACCAGACUUCACAGAUCCUCAGAAUUUUGAUCUGGUGACUGGCCCAAGGAAUGGAAUUUGCGAAAAACACUUUGCGCCAGAUGACAUUAGGAAGGGGAAAACUUCAAGUUUGAAGAAAACAGCUGUGCCUGUCCACCUAAGCAAGACUGAAAGGUUCUCAGUUGGUGAGGGUUUGAUGCUGAGUAAGGAAGUCAGGACAGAUAUCACUGUAGGCGAGGAUUUAAUGUUAAGUAAGGAGACAAAAAGUAGCAUAUGUAGUGAGAGGGAAAUUAAAAAUUCUGAUGAUACAGAUUGUGUAGUAGCACAAUUAGGUGCUUAUUUAACCAAUUCUUCUUGCCUGGAAAGUAAAGAAAGAGUUUCUGAACAUUAUUUAAAUGAUGAUGACAAGUCAAGUGAAGUUUGUUUUGUUUGUGGUAAAGAGGGAAAGAAUCAUAAUUUGUUCUACAAUUUGGAAAAUCAAGACACUAGUUUUGCUACUAGCAUAAGUCUUUUGACAAGGAUUGUGGGCAAACCAAAACGGGAAAUUUUUAUUGUUAGUUUUAAAAUCUGUUCUGUUUGUAUUAACCUCAUCCAUGAAGUUUCCAGCAUAGAAGAAAAUUUAAAAAUGAAGAAACAAACAAUCAAAGAUAUGUUUGAAACAACCCUGCUUGCCUAUAAAGAAAAAAUAAGGUCUGCAACAGAUAGAUCAAGUCCCUCAGUUAUACAGUCUCAUGAUGUCAAUUACCAAGCAUCACCACAUAGCAGUGAAAAGGUGUCUCUUUGUUACAAGCCCCCAAACCAGUCAAGAUUAAGCUCUAGAAGACAAAUUGCCUCUAAAGAAUAUUAUUGUUCUUCUUGUAAAGAAUCAUACCAAAGUCUUGCACUGUGGGUUCAGCACUGUUCAAAACACACAGAUAAUGAUGAAACUAAGAUUGCUGACAAUAUAAAAGGCUCCCACAGAAUAAAAAGAAAGAAAAUUGGUGUUCAUAAAUGUGAUGAAUGUGACAAAACCUUUAGCAACAGAUUGUCUCUGCGUGAACAUGCUCCAGCUCAUCAACAAGGUACGGAGUGUAAUAUUUGUGGCCGUUACCUGAGCACAAAGGCUAGACUAAAAGCCCAUUUGUUUAAAAUGCAUGAUAUUGGGGAAGAGAAAAAUAAAGAAAUUGAGUGUAAUGAUUGUAAGAAAUCUUUUUCAACAAAAGCAGGAUUACGAUAUCAUCGUAAUGUAAUCCAUCAUGUAGGCACAAAGUAUGUUUGUGAACAAUGUGAUAAAGUAUUUUAUUAUCAUGUACCAUACAAAAGUCAUAUGCUUUAUGCGCAUGGUGAAAAGAAGGUUAUUUGCGAAACUUGUGGGGAAAAAUUUUAUACUGUCGCUAAGUUGAAUAUUCAUAUUAAUGCUGUACACAGAAGUGCAAAGUCAUGGGCUUGUAGAGAAUGUAAGUCUAAAUUUACUACUGAUACUGCAUAUCGACAUCACAUGAAUGUGAAACACCUAAAGAUUCAGCAUACCUGUGAUUACUGUGGUUCAAAUUACCGUAAAAAAUCAUCCUUAGUUACUCAUCUUUUAAAGCAUUCCAUUUUCAUCUGCCAGUUAUGUAGAGAAAGAUUUUCUCGGACAGAUGACUUGAAAAAACAUAUGUCUGAAGUUCAUGGUAAAGAAAUUAUAUUAAAAGGAAAAAGAAAACACAACAACCAAACUACACAAAAGAGACGUGAGGAGACAAUAAUAAAUCAAAAACCAGAACAGGAAGAAACAGUCCAACAGAAUGAACAUGUGACAUCUAUUGUUAUCAAUGAUCUUUUGAUUGCAGCUGAUUCGUACAAUAAUGGUGGUCUUCAGUCUUUCACGUUAUCAGAAUGUGAAAAAUUGCCAGAAAAACAAGAUUACUCCACUGGUGAGGAACUUAAGGUUGAGCCUAUGGGUAUUAUAGAUACAACCUCAGAUCUUCAGUCAGUUGAUGCGGUGCAGUUUGAUACAGUAGAGUCUUUACAAAUAAAAGCAUCCCCAGACCAAAUUGAAAUGGCCCCUGGGGUGUCGCUCAUCAAUGUGCAAAUUCUUGGGGAUAUGGAAAUUUCCCAGAGUGACACUCUCGAUUUGAAAACCAGCAUGCUUGCAGAUGCUGCUGAGCACAUGUCUCAUGACAGUCAGUUAGAUAAUGAAGAUAAUAUUACCAGCCGGUUGGGUGUAGAGACCCAUCACCUUACAGCAAGUGAGCUUUCUGUAGGUAAUGAUCUAGGUUCAUCAGAUCACACGCUGGAUCCCUCAGAUCAUUUGGAGACACCAUGCCAUUUAGAAGUUACAGGCACCUUGGAUGCUGCUGCUCACCUUGAAGUCACACAUCAGUUAGAUACUUCUCAUCAACUUCAGGUUGAAAGCAGAGGGCAUUUGGAGGUUCCUAGACACCUUGAACCCGACAGCCAUAUGAAUGCAACAGAUACCCUUGAAGGUGUUAAUACUCUUGACUCAGGAGACAGAGAGUCAGAUCCUCGUUGUCUUGAAACUUCCAACACCCUAAAGACAUCCGAACACCUUGAACCAAAGGGUCAUCUUGAUAUUUCAUCCCAUAUUGGUGAUGAAACACUUGACCCCAGCCGCCUUGAAGCAACAGACCAGUGUUCAUUACCAUCAAUGAUAAGUCAGAUAGACAAUCAGGUGACUGAAGAAAUAGCCUCUCACAUGAGUCCUCACAUACAUGAUAUUGAAAGUGAUGUUGAUAAUGAAAUUACUUCACAUAUGAGGACAGACAUUCAUGAUAUUGCUUCAGAAGUCAGUUCACAGAUGGUUGACCCAGUUAGUGAAGAUAUGGCAACACAUAUGCAAGCUCAAAUUGAUCAGAUAUCUGCUAAUGUGGAUGAAGUUGCUGAUGAUAUGGUUACACAAAUUGAUCCUGGCAUUUCAGCAAUAGGUGAUGAAGUAAGUAACCAAAUUGUGGACCAUGUAGAAACACGCAUUAGCCCCAACAUUGAUCCAAAUAUAGUUCAAGAAGACAGAGACAUGGUAGACCAGAGUUUAGAUAAGCAGUUGGAAAAAAUGGACAGUGUGGAAUUAGAGCCCUUUUCUGUUACCUUAGAUCAAAAAAAUGUUCAGUAUCAAUAUGUAAUGUAUAUUUCUGCUUCAACUGAAGAUAGUAAUCAAGGAGACUAAGAGCCGAUGUACUUAGACCAAAUUAUUUUUGCUGUCUUCAACAGUACCUUUAGGCACCUCAUUCCUCACACUCAUAAUAGCAGAAAUUUGAAAAUGAAUUUAGGGAAGGUAAUUCAGAAAAUGUGGAUAAACAGCAAAUAGACACUUGCUCAUACUCUUACUCUGGUAGGUUUAUUCCUUAUUGUAACCCAUUGCCACUUUCACCAGUCCCCUUAGAUCUGUUGAUAGUUUCAGUAACUGAAGUUAUCAUAGAUCACUGAAGGAAGUAAAUACUUAAAAUGCAAGUUUCUAUGUACAGUUUUUUAAAUAUUAUGCCAAACUAGACCUGGGUUAUUUUUAUAUCAUCCCCUUUCCUAAUUUUACAUAUAUUUGUGCAUGAACUGUUGACAUUAGGAACAUGUUGGUUCUGAAAUUAUUUCUUUGGUGACCAUAUACUGCUUAUUACAAUGAAAUUUAUAAUGUUUAAGUACAAAAAACAAGUAAUUACUGAUAUUGUUGAACCAUCUUAAAAUUUAUCAUGUUAUGGGAGCUUAAGAGCACUAGACCACCUUAACAAGAUACAUUUUUAAAAAUUAUACGCAAAUAUUUAAUGUUCCCCAUGCCAAUAAUUCAAUAGUUAUUAUGAUUUCUUUGUUGUAAAAAGAAAUGUUUCACACUAUAGAAUGGAUUUGAGAUACCAAGUGCAAUGGCAGACCACCUUAGGCCUUUAGUGAUAAGGAUAAUGCAGUAGUACUAUUAGGAAGACAGAAAACACUUCCCAGUACACUAGGUUAUUUUUUUGCAUGAAUGACUAGACUUCCAACAUAAGUGAGUUAGAGUGUAUGUAAUAUAUGUUGGAUCAGUACACUAUUUUGAAGAUUAGGAUCAACCAUUGUACAUCAUAAUGAACCAGAGGAUGCUUUCCAAAAAGAGAAGGAUGUAUGUACAGGUGUCAAGAGAAUUCCAAUAUUAGUAUGUAUAUGGAAAAUGAAGAAGUACUUCAGUAAUUUCCUUAAUUAAUUGUGUAGGAAUGCAUUUGAGACUAGAGUAAAAUACGUCCUUAAUCCAUGAAAUUUAAUGCCAUGUUCAUGCAAUUACUGCCAAGUUAAGGUUUUUGUAGGUGAUGAGCAUAGAGAAAGAAUAGGAGGAUAUGUAGAACAACGUUACAAUCAUGUUUUCAAAUUUAUCCAAAGCUAUGGGGAAGAGUGCUGGUGAGUUUGUAUAAUGAAACAGGUUAAAGUUUAGUCAUAUUAUGUGUAUUUCUCUAAGUUGGGUAUUUGAGUACAAAAGACUAUCAACAUAUGUAGAGCAUGAUCAUUAACAGAGCAUGAAGCAAGAAUGGAGUAUGUACAUUAUAUGUAUUAAAAAAUCUGCAAGAUGCAGUACAGUAUUAUUGUGCAAGUACUAUAUACCUACAUGCAUGUAAAAGCAGACACAGCUGUUGUGCAUGCCUGUAGUGGUGAAUAUGAGCUCACCAAUACCUGGGCAAUAGUCAACCUCAUGUAUUUGAGGAAGAUCUGUUGAGUUCCCAGUUUCUAUGGUAAAAUACCUGACUACCAAAAAGUCCUCGUACAGUAAUAUUGGAUGUAUUACAAACAGUUUCAGUGAACUGUUUAAUCUAUUGUAUUGCUUUGCUCUGUCCUAAUUCAGUUUAAUUUCAUUUUACAUUAUUUACAUCAUACUGUAUGUAAAUAA